UCCUCCGUUAUCACAACAGAUCAGCCUUGGCCAGAGAGAGAAGUGGGACUUCUUUACUUCGGAGCAAAUUCUCUCCGUUUAGUUUCGUUCUCACGGCUUCUUCGAAGUACUUUCUUCUUCCCGGAGUUCUCCGGCUUUGCUUUCAGGAUGGUUAAAGUGUCUUUUAGCUCCGCGUUGGCUCAGAAAGAUGUGAAGAAGGACGCAGAAACUCUUAUUCCCGAGGAGGACAAAGAUGCGGAGGCAGCUCUGCUGGUGCAUCACCAGUCUCGGGCCUGGUGCUGGUGCAUGUGCCUGGGUCUCGCCCUCAUGCUGUCGGGAGUGGUGGUUGGAGGUGCCUACCUGUACCGCUACUACAUCGUGGAGGUGAGCUACCAGCCCCAACAAGGGUGGGAAGAAGAGGAUGGUCGGGUGUUUGUGUGCGGCGUGAACUACCGCGAGGAAGACUUCAUGAUCCAAGGGGAAGAGGAGGCUGAGGUGGAGCUGCCAAACCAGUUCCUGCGGCAGCUGGAGGAGAGGAUCCGGGUGCUGGAGAGGGAGCAGGUGGAGCUCAUCAGCGUCCCUGUGCCCGAGUUUGGCGACGGAGAUCCAGCUGACAUCGUCCAUGACUUCCAGCGGAGGUUGACCGCCUACCUUGAUCUGAGUCUGAACAAGUGCUACGUCAUCCCGCUCAACACCUCCAUCGUCAUGCCCCCCAAAGACUUAUUGGAGCUGCUCAGCAACGUCAAGGCCGGAACCUACCUGCCUCAGUCUUACCUGCUCCACGAGGAGAUGAUUGUGACCGAGCGCCUGGAGCACGUCGACCAGCUCGGCUACUUCAUCUACAACCUUUGCCGCGGAAAAGACACUUUCAAGCUGCAGCGCAGAGACAGGAUUCUGGGUAUGCAGAAGCGUGAAGUUUUGAACUGCCACAAGAUUCGUCACUUCGAGAACAAGUUUGUGGUGGAAACUCUCAUCUGUGAGGCUUAAAGAGUCCUCGUCGCCUCACAGCUGCUCUUAAAGUCACUGGUGUGCAGUGAGAUCUGUUUUUUUGUUUGUUUUUUAAACCCACCUGUCUUUUAUUUUAUUUUUUUCUGUCCUUUACUUCAGGUAGUUUGACUGGUUGAGAGGAGUGAAAUGUGAAGCUGUUUGGUAAAAAUAUUCAUUGAUUGUGAAUUAAAAACAAGAAAAAAAGACAAAAAAUAGUCAGUCACGUAUUUUUCCACUUUUCUGUACUGGGAUCUUCUUGCAAUGUUUUUCAUAAAUAAAUAGUUAAAAGACAGCUGAUUAUGAAAUAGUAAAUUAUUUUAAUCAAAAAUAAAUGCAAUUAUUAGCAUGAACACGUAUUUCAGUAGACAAGGGUAAACAUGGUUUGCCUUUCUUCAGUACAAACAUAUUAAGUUUCGAGAGAGGGCGACUUUCUUACCGCUCAUCCUGGUUGUUGAAGCGGAUCAGUCCAGGGAGACUUUUUUUUGUUUUUUGUAUUUUGUCUGCUGUAGCUAUUAAUACACUGCACCUGUUAUUUCUUAACUGGAAAACGAUCGUAAAAUAAGAGUAUGAAUACGUGCUUCUCUUUUUAAGCUUUAAUUAUGAGUUUGCAUUGAGUAGAAAUGAGAGAAUAAGAUUCACAGCAGGGAGUUUAAACACACUCUUAUGUUAAAAUCUUUUUUCUCAAGGGUUGUCUGUCUUUUUUUUUGAAUGUGUAAUUUUUUUGGGAUAACACUUCUUGUUGUACUAAUUUGUGUAUAUAAUCUCUUUAAAGAUACGAACAGACCAACACAAUAAACAAAAUAGAAAAACAA